AUGGCUUCGUCAGAGUACAAUUAUGAUGAGGAAGGUGAAACAUGGCCGUUCUUUGUAUUGGCAUUGUUGACUUUUGUCUUGAUACCAUUUACCAUCAAGUAUGCCACGAGACUAACCUCCUCUGAUCCAGACAAGGUUAAUGCAACGGUUGUGGGGGCAAUCAAGGAAAAUGCAGAUACAGUAAAAGUCCCAAAUUUGAAGAACCUCAAUGAUUACAAGAAGAAGCAGAGGUCACUGAAGAUCUUUAACAAGACGUUAUUGGUUUUGGUUAUUGGAUGGAGUGCAGUCUUUUUCGUUGGCAAAUAUUUGACCAAGGAAACAGACAUGUCUGGUUUAUUCGAUCCUUAUACGAUAUUGGAUGUUUCCUUCUCAGCAAGUGAUAGGGAAAUCAAGAGUCAUUACAGAAAGUUGUCAUUGAAAUACCACCCGGAUAAGUUACCAAGGGAUUUAACUGAAGAAGCCAGGUUAAAAAUGGAACAGGAAUACAUUAGGUUAACCAGUGCUUACAAAGCAUUGACGGACGAAGUAACUAGAGAAAAUUUUAUCAAAUAUGGCCACCCCGAUGGGGAGCAACCAACAACACAUGGCAUUGCCAUUCCCAAAUUUCUUGUUGAAGGAAAGUAUUCAUCGUUGGUGGUGAUUUUCUAUGUUGCACUUAUUGGAAUCUUGUUGCCAUGGGUUGUUGGAAAAUGGUGGAGUACUGUGAAGAACUAUACCAAGAAGGGGUUGCAUGUCAAAACUGCAGCUAGUAUUGUCCGCAAAUUGGCAGAUAAAGAUCCGGCCAAGGUAAUUACUCCUGAUGUGGUUCUUGACCACAUUUUGGACUGCGAAGAUGUUAAUGCGUUGUUGUCUGACUUGACUUUUGAAGAACGGAAAGAUUUGGUUUAUGCUCAUUUCAAUCGUGAAAUCUCUAGUGACAACAAAAGAGAAAAGAACAAAACGGAAUUAGUUGCAAUUUUGCCACUUUUAAUUGAAGGAUUUAUUGACAUUGCAUUGGUAUUCAGAUUGCAAGAGGCAGUAAUUGCCGCUGAAGAUUUGAAAAAGGCAGUCUUUCAAGCUGUUAGCCCAAAUGGAAAGUACCAGGAGCUUUUGCAAUUACCAUUCGUUGAUGAAGGUGUGGUCAAGCAACAGCCAGUAAAGAAGUUGGGUAAGUUAUUUGCGUUAGAAUCCUCUGAGGCUCAAAAGGUAUUGGGCAUCAAAGAUGACGAUGAAUUCAAAAGGACAAUGUCUGUUGCCGCACUGAUUCCAUCUCUUAGAAUCAUAGAAGCUGAAGUGAGAGUCCCAGGUGAGGAAACUGUGACUCCAAAUUCGAGUGGUCACAUUUCAGUCAAGUUUCUUGUCAAAUCACCCAAAUUAAAGUCAUGUCCUGAAAUCGAAGAUGAGAGAUUGAAGGACGAAGAGACUUUGGAGUAUAUGAAGAACCCAUUUAGUGUCAACGAUUUGGCUCCAAAAUUACCAUUUGCUUUCACUCCGUAUUUUCCCAAGCCAGUCCGCUGUGGUUGGACUUGUUAUGUCAUUGCCCAAAGAGAAAAUAAGUUAGUGGAAAACAGUCAGGCCUAUGUUUUAGAGAAUGUCGAUCUUUCAAACUUGAGUUUGACUCAAGAGGAAUGGAUAGAUGGGAAGAAAGUUGUGGUCAGUACUUUUAAAAUCCCUCUACCUGCUGCACUGGGAAACGUGGGAAAAUACUAUUAUCGAUUGAUAAUGAAGAAUAACGCGUACUAUGGGUCCGAUGUUGAUGUUCCUGUUGACUUGGAGGUUGUCCCACCAUCCCAAGAAAAGAGUUUGGCUGGAAUCAAGAAAAUGAUGGAGAAGCGUAAGAAAGGGGAUGAUGAUGAUUCAGAUGAAGAGGAAGAAGAAGAAGACUCGGAUAGUGAUAUAUCAGAUCCAGAAGAGGAUAGCUUGGCUGGAGCUCUUGCUGCAUUGAGAGGAGAAGCCACGUCGAAGAAAUCAGACAAAGUAGAAGAACUCGAUGAAGAGGAGGAUGAGGAGGAGGACGAAGAUGUGUUUACUGAUAUCAACACCGAUACAGAGGACGAAGCGGAUUGA